GUGGAGCAUUGGUUGGCGCAUGCAGCUUCGCGGUGGGGAAUGCACUGCAUUGACGGCGCCGUGAACCUCGCAGGUAUCGCUGGCCAUCUUGGGUCCGCCAGGGACCACGACACAGCCAACUAUCAGACUGUCUUCGCCGUCAAUGUCGAAGGCACAUUCAACUGCAUGUCGGCCGAGCUGCGCAACAUGCGCGUCGCAAGCGAAGGGGUACCAGGCGGAUCUAUUGUCAACGCAGCAUCAAUAACAGGCCUAGUCGGCAAGCCCAACUGCUCCAUCUACUGCGCCUCCAAACACGCAGUCAUUGGCCUCACAAAAGCAGCAGCUCGCGAGCAAGCCGAGUCUGGAAUCAGAAUUAAUGCCAUUGCGCCGGGAUUCGUCGACACACCCCUCAUGCACGCUCUCGACACAGAGCUCGGUUUCGCACUGCCAAAUGACGCGGUGCUAGGGCGGCGAGCGCGCCCAGACGAAGUCGCCAAAGUCAUUCGCUUCCUGCUUAGCAGCGACGCAAGCUAUGUAUCUGGAUCGGUGUAUCAGAUUGAUGGUGGGAUGGUGUGCUGAGCGUAGGAGUUUGAAUUUGCCGAUAAGGACGACAAAGGGGGGGAGGGUGUGGAAGAAGGAAA